ACGCGACCCGUGCUGUCGUCUUCUUCCACGCUGGUCAGCCGAAGGUAAAGUUUAUGUUUCCAACCGACGUUUCCGGCUGUUUUUGUUUUAAAUCAGAGAGAGGGGACACUGAGUCCUUGUUCGGACAAACAUUAAGUCAUUAAGUCCUUGGUUCUGUGUCCCGCGGACAGCUCCGUGUCCCUCAUUAAUACCCGUGGUCUCCACGCUUUAAAACCAUGGAGACCAAGCGCUUAGACUCGAAGGGGAAGAAAAACAAACCGGGGAAGAAGUUUGACGGCGCCGACCCGGUGAAAAACUUCGAGAGAUGGAAGAAAAAGUACAGUAAGACGAAAGCACGCGUGAAGCGAGAGAGAGCCGGCCAGAAGAAACCCGAGUGGCAGGUGGAGCGUGAGUACAUCCACAAGCUGGUCAGCAGAUACGGACAAAUCAACGCCAAGGACGCUGUCAAGUUUUCAGACUUCCCCAUUUCAAAGAAGACGCUGCUGGGUCUUCAGGGGGCUCAGUACAGGCAGCCUACAGAGAUCCAGAGGCAGACCAUUGGCUUCGCUCUGCAGGGUAAAGAUGUUCUGGGCGCAGCCAAGACUGGCUCGGGUAAGACUUUGGCUUUUCUCAUACCAAUCCUGGAGUGUCUUUUCCGACAGCAGUGGAGCUCCAUGGACGGCCUCGGUGCCCUCAUUAUAUCCCCCACCAGAGAACUUGCGUAUCAGACUUUUGAAGUUCUUCGCAAGAUUGGCAAGAACCACGAGUUCUCAGCAGGACUCAUCAUUGGCGGCAAGGAGCUGAAGAGUGAGACCGAGAGGAUCCACCGCACCAACAUCGUCAUCUGCACCCCGGGCCGGCUGCUCCAGCACAUGGACGAGACGGCCGCCUUCCAUGCAUCCGACCUGCACAUGCUGGUCUUGGACGAGGCCGACCGCAUUCUCGACAUGGGUUUCGCGGAUACUCUGAAUGCCAUCCUAGAGAACCUGCCCAAGACCCGGCAGACGCUGCUGUUCUCCGCCACUCAAACCAAGUCGGUCAAAGACCUGGCCCGGCUCAGCCUCAAAGACCCAGAGUAUGUGUGGGUGCAUGAGAAAGCAAAGUUCAGCACACCGGCGACCUUGGAGCAGAGCUAUGUGGUGUGUGAGCUCCACCAGAAGGUCAACAUGCUCUUCUCCUUCAUCAGGAGCCACUUGACAAAGAAGAUCAUCGUUUUCUUUGCCUGCUGCAAGGAGGUGCAGUACCUGUUCCGUGUCUUCUGCCGCCUCAGACCAGGCAUGCCCCUUUUGGCUUUGCAUGGCAAGCAGCAGCAAAUGAAGAGGGUGGAGGUCUACAACGACUUCAUCAGAAAGCAGAACGCUGUACUCUUCGCCACUGAUAUUGCUGCCAGAGGCCUGGACUUCCCCACCGUCAACUGGGUGCUGCAGUUCGACUGUCCAGAGGAUGCAGACACCUACAUCCACAGGGUGGGGCGGACUGCCCGGUACAAGGAGGGUGGAGAGGCCCUGCUGCUGCUUCUGCCCUCUGAGGAGAAGGGCAUGCUGACUCAGCUGCAGGAGAAGAAAGUUCCUAUCAAUAAGAUUCAAGUGAACCCAGAGAAGCUGCAGGCUGUCCAGCAGAAGCUGCAGGCCUUCCUGGCCCAGGAGAAGGAGCAGAAGGACAGAGCUCAGAGGUGUUUUGUGUCCUACCUGCGCUCCAUCUACCUAAUGAAGAACAAAGAGGUGUUUGACGUCUUUAAACUGAAGAUCCAGGAGUACGCCGUCUCCCUGGGCCUCGCUGUGGCUCCGAGAGUGCGCUUCCUGAAUAAAGCUCAGGUACAGAGAGCUGAGAAGGACGGGCAGAGAGAGGAGCAGCAGUCUGAGGAGGAGGAGGAGCUGAAGAGCUUUAAGGCCACGCUCACGGGAAACGCUCCUCAUGAAGGUCAGAACUCAGAAUCAGAAGAGUCCAGCAAUGGUGAGGAAAGUGAUGAUGAGCAAGAUGUGAAGCAGAAGAGGAUGUUACUGCUAGGUGCAGGUGACAACAGCGAGGAGGAGGAUGAUCUGAAGGACCUGGAUCUGUUCACGGUGAAAACAAAGGAUGUCUUCAGUGUCACACAGGAGCAGGAGGACCCAGAGGAGUCUCCUGAGGACCCCAAAAAGAAAAAGGCAGUGACAAAGUACACAGAGGCCAAAAAGAUCCUUAAGAAAAAGUUUAAAGUCAACACCAAAGUGACUUUCGAUGAGGAAGGAGAGGCUGUGCAGCUGUGGCCACCUGUCCAAUACACAGUGGCUAGCGAAGAGGAGGAAGAGGAGGAUGUUUCAGGUAUCAACGUGGAGAAGGCCAAGGAGAGACUGAAACGUGAAGAUCAGGAGUUUGACAAGCAGGAGUACAGCCGCAAGGUGAAGGCCAAACACAGAGAGAAGCGGCUGAAGGCCAAGGCAGCCAGGAGGGAGGCCAGUCGACAGCACGGAGAGCAAUCUGACGACGAAGAGGACGAGGUGCACGCGUACCUGGCCAAUUACAGUGACGAAGAGUUUGACCCCAGCACACUGCCUGACCCUGACAAAGUGCGCUCUCAGCAGGAAGAGGAGGAUGAAGAGGAGGACGAUCAUGUGACAAGAUCAACGAAAAGGCAGCAGAGCAGCGAUGACGAGGAUGAAGAGCUCGCAGCAGGGAAGAGGAAGAAAGUGAAGGUGAAUGAUGAGCACAAACCUCUGGACACUGGUCUCUCUCUGGCUGAGGAUGAGGAGUUAGUGUUGCAUCUGUUAGGAGGACAGUAGAGCCGGGAAGGUUUGCAGUCGCUAUGGAAACACCAGUGAAAUAGAACUCAAGAAGAAAGUCAGGAGUCGCAUGAGAAAAAAACCCAUAAUAUUCCUCUUGUAUAACUGGUUGUUUUUUUUACAGCCGCAACUAAAGUCCAAACUAACUCAAAGUAAACAGCAAAUGUGACUUAAUGAGGACCACACAUGUGUGAUUUAAUCAGAAUUGAUUGCCAAUAACUACACAACCCAUUUACGAUCAUCAUGUCAGCAGAGGCACAAUGAAAAACAGAUUUUAGCCACUUAAGGUUCACCUAAUAGAAUCCUCUUUGGCUUCUCCCUUUAGGGGUCGCCAAAGUAGAUAAUGGGUUCACCUAAUAGAAUCUACUUCUACAUUAUAUUAACAUCUUUGCCACUUUAUGUCACUGUUAAUCAGUCUUCUCUGACUGGAAACUCACGGUUGCAAUCUGCCUGAUCUUUCACACCAAACUCCAUAGAAAACAACAUUUUUGUAGCUCAAGGGAACAGAGGAGCUGCUGGUCCGCUGCUGCCCUGUGGUGAGUGUGUCACUGAGGCAAAUCCAAACAAAGGAUUACAAACACUGAAGUCACAAAAUAACACAUUUGAACUUACUAAUGGAAGCAGUAGUGGAUCAACAAUGUCUGUGUGCUGUGGCAAAAAUACACUGAUUUUCUCUAUGGGCUUUGGUGUAGGGAGUGAAAAGCUGGCGAACUGUGACAUAAUCAUAUAUUUUAAGUGAACAUUUUGUUAAGUAGCUUAAAAAAUCUGUUUUUCCUGCUGGAAGCCAUGUUUUCAGUGCAAGCGUCCACAUCACAAGCUGGUCAUAAGUGUCCCACGCUGGUAAAUGUUCACUUCCCUUUUUACAGUUUGUAAUGCAGACUCAUUGUAACACAGCUGUCAGCUCUGAGGGCAAGCAGAGGUAAUGCUGAUGACAUCACAGCAUGACAUCACCAGUGAUCUUAUUUAAGCAUUUUAACAGCAUCAUCGUCAUCAUUUCCUCAUAGUAGAAUGAAUAUACAACAGAAAUGCAGGAUUUAAUCUCAGGAGAUUAAUUUCCUUGUUUAACUUGGUGUGAUGUAAUGAUUGACAUUUUACCCUUUUUUUUCUCAAUUUGCUUCAUCAUCGUAUGAGAUUUAUUCAAUAUUUAACAUGAUUUAUGGUAGAUGGUGGAUAGAUGGAUGUCUUCUCUUCCGUAAUCAGUGUCAGAGAACAUUAUUGUGACAUUGGAAUAAACUUGGAUGUUGAGCAGUUGUGCUUAAAAGAUUUGA